GUAAGUGAUGCGGGCGGGGGCGGCGGGGGCGGGGAGCUGGGCCGCGGCGCUGCAGGAUGGGGGGCUGCGGCCGCUGGCUCGGGCUGUGCCUGCUGCUGGCCCUGGCCGGGCCCGGCGGGGCCCUGCAGAACGUCACCGCCCAGCUCUUCGGGGCGGAGGCCUACGGGACCUUAGCGGCCUUCGGCGACUUCAACUCGGACAAGCAGACGGACCUGUUCGUGCUGCGAGGCGGAAAUGAGUUGAUUAUCUUUUUGGCUGACCAAAAGGAACCCUACUUUAAGCCCCGUGUUAAGUUACCAAUGAAAUCUCUUAGUGUUACCAUAACCAGUGUAGUUCCUGGAGAUUAUGAUGGUGAUUCACAAAUGGAUGUCCUCCUGACUACCCAGGCACAAAAUCAUGGCAAAGAUGAACUUUCAGUGUUUAUUUUCUGGGGGCACAACCAAACAUUAGAUCUUAACCAUAAAACUAUGUUAAAUAAGACUUUUCUUGAUGAGCCUCUAGUAAUGGACUUUAAUGGAGACUUGAUUCCUGACAUCUUUGGUGUCACAAGUGAUUCAAGUAAGCCACAGAUAUUGAUAGGCGGGAACUUAUCGUGGCAUGCUGCGUUGGAAACUAAAAGUAAAAUGUAUAUACCGCACUCUCAUGCAUUUAUAGAUUUAAAUAAUGACUUCGCUGCUGAUUUGUUCCUUACUACCUUACCAAAUUCACAAAACAUUAUUUUUGAGACAUGGGUAAAUACGGAUGGGAACUUCUCUAAACUUGAAAAAACUAAGGAAAAGCCUAGUGGUGUGAAAGUUGUUGGACAGUCCGUGUUUGCAGAUUUUGAUGGGGACGGACGAAGUGAACAUUUAUUACCAGUCUGUGAAGAUACAACAUGUCAAAAAAGUGCCAUCUACUUAACGAAGCUAGGAUUGGAUCAGUGGAUUCCAGUCUUGCAAGACUUCAGAAAUAAAGACACACUCUGGGGUUUUGUACCAUAUCAAAAUGACAAACCUUCAACAGAAAUUUCAUUUCCAAUUACGCUUCAUAUUGGAGAUUACAAUAUGGAUGGCUACCCAGAUGCUCUUGCUAUACUAAAGAACACAUCUGGAAGCAAUCAACAAGCAUUUUUACUAGAAAAUGUCCCAUGUAAUAAUGUAAGCUGCAAGAGUGCACGUCGCAUGUUUAAAGUUUUUUGGGAGCUCUCGGAUCUGAAUCAAAUCAAGGAUGCAGUGGUAGCAACCUUCUUUGAUAUAUACGAAGAUGGAAUCUUGGAUAUCAUUGUGCUAAGCAAAGGCUACUCCAACAAGGAUUUUGCUAUCCAUACAUUAAAAAAUAACUUUGAAGCAGAUGCCUAUUUUGUUAAAGUUAUUGUUCUCAGUGGCCUCUGUUCUAAUGACUGUCCGCGGAAAAUAACACCUUUUGGUGUUAAUCAGCCUGGUCCUUACAUCAUGUACACUACUGUAGAUGCAAAUGGAUACCUGAAAAAUGGGUCAGCUGGACAGCUUAGCCAGUCAGCACAUUUUGCUCUCCAGUUGCCAUACAACGUGCUAGGCUUGGGACGUAGUGCUAAUUUCCUUGACCAUUUGUAUGUUGGCAUUCCUCGUCCUUUAGGAGAAAAGUCCAUAAGAAAACAAGAAUGGACAGCUAUCAUACCAAACUCCCAGCUUAUAGUCAUCCCCUAUCCUCAUAAUGUUCCUCGAAGCUGGAGUGCCAAGCUGUAUCUGACCCCAAGUAACAUUGUGCUGCUAACAGCUAUAGCCUUAAUUGGUGUCUGCGUUUUCAUCCUGGCAAUAAUUGGCAUAUUACACUGGCAAGAAAAGAAAGCAGAUGACAGAGAGAAGCGACAGGAGGCUCAUCGGUUCCAUUUUGAUGCUAUGUGACAUGCCUUAAUAUUUAUGAAGGAGCUGCUACUCAUUUGCUUAAUUGAAAUACUAAAUUCUGAUUUGUAAAAUGAUUACCGUGAAAAUACUGCUGGUGUGCUAUUUGUAAAUGUUGCAUUAUUUGGUAUUUAUUUGGAAAGUAUUAAAAUUAGACCUGAAUGUCUCACAAAGCCUUUCAGUUAACAGACUGUAUAUAAUAGCAUUUGGUCUUUAUUUAACAGAACUGUAAACUUAUUUUUCUUAGUAAAGGGAUCAAAUUGCAUGUACCGUUGUUUACAUACCACCAAUUCUUUAGUAAUAUUUCAUAGAAAGCUGUGUAAAUAAAGUUUAGCAUUUCAGUGAGCAGAAUACUUUAUACCACUUGAAUUGGUGUUGUCAUUUAUACAUUCCUGCAAAAUAACCUGCGUUUCUGAAAAUUAAGCUUAACCAAUUUCUCAGAUGACUUGAUCAUUAAUUCUUUUUGUUGUACUAAAUGGUGCUUAACCAAAAGUACUCUGUAUUUUUCUUUGUUUAAACCCAUAUGUGCAAUAGUUAAAGAAUUUAGGAAUUGGAGAACCAAAAGAAACCUGCAAUGUUAAUGCUAGUUCAGUAGCUCAUCAUGGGAUAGAUGCAGUAUUUAUGUGUUAGUUCUAGAGAGAAGACAACACAUUAAAAAAUUAAAAUCAUAAAAAUGUAUUAGCAUUACAUAAAGCGCUUUUAUGAUGAAACUAUCACCAUACUUAUUUUAGAAAAAGCCUAAAGCCUUUAUGAAACUUUUUUUUUUUUAUAAGAAAGGUAUGGGAUUGUUUUGUUUGGUUUUGUUUUUAAAGAAGUUAGAAGAAACAUUUUGGACUGGAAGGAGAAUGAGGAUUGACUCCCUCAGAUUUAUUGCUAAGGGAUGAGAUAUACAAAGAUUAAUACAAUAGGACACUCAGAAUAAGCAAUGUACAUUAUCUUUGUACACUACUAUGCCCAAAUUUCAUAAGGCUGUAAUAAUUACAUAAGAUGAGUAGUUCAACUUCAUAUAUUUAAAAUGAUGAUAAAGUUACAAUUGCUCAGCGUACUUUGGAUCCUGGAAGAGUCUCUGAAAACAAUCAUGCUUUUAUUUAAUAGUGAUUCCUUGAUGAUAUAAGUUUACAUGAUUAAUUGUGCAUUUAAAUCUGUCAGUUUGCAUUCCUAAUAAAUGCUGUUUGAUAAACUGGAA